AUGUUGCACAAUAAGCAGAAUCCUGAUAAUCCUAUGCAUUCCCCUUUAUCGGCCCAAGAGCUGAUAGACAACUAUCCAGGCAGUGGUCAUGUUAAUGGGCAUUUGAUUAUAAAAACAAAUGGGAUUGCAUAUGAAGAUGAUUAUCCUUGGAGAGGAGCAACCUCUGAGAAAAAGGAGGACAUUCAGCCUCUAUUUCCCGUAGUAACAUAUGAUGAUGGUAGUACUAAUCAACGUGGUCAUGCAAUGGUGAUAGUUGGUCAAGGAAAUGAGGAGUACGAUCAGUACUGGCACGUCAAAAAUAGUUCGGGUGAAGGUUGGGGUGAUGAGGGUUACGCAAGACUGUUAAAGAGUGACACAACGCCUGAGAGUGCCUUCUUUCCCGUCUACUAUCCCUUGAUCCAUGAAGAAUACUGA